CUUGACCAGCAUGAUCUCUCGUUUAUCACAUCCAUUCUCGAUGCCAACCCAUCCCUAUUUCUCGACGAAAUUCAAGAGCAACUCCUUGAAGCACGGAAUGUGGAAGUCUCGAUUGCCACACUCUCGCGCAGCCUUCGUCGGCUUGCAAUCAUGCACAAACAGACAUCGAAGGCAGCAGCAGAGCGAAACGAGUUGCUCCAUGCAACCUGGCUGGCGGAAUAUGGGCACUUGCCAAAGGAGUAUUUUGUGUGGAUUGAUGAGUCUGGGGUCGACAACCGAACAAACCAGAGACCAGACGGC